GCCGGCUCGCAGCCCGCCGGGUCCCGCCCCGUGGCCUCGGGGCGGUGCGGCGCAGCCGCCGCUGUCGGCGGGCGGGAUGCAGGGCGCGGCGCGGCGGCGGCCGUUCCCGGGCAGCCCGGGGUCCCCCGCGCCCGCGGGGCCGCUGCACCCGGGCAGGCAUGGAGCGGUCAAGAACGAGGACACUUUCAAGACCUCCCCUUUUCAUUUUGAUCUGUGGUUCUACUUCACUCUGCAGAACUGGGUGCUGGACUUUGGGCGUCCCAUCGCGAUGAUAAUCCUACCUUUGGAGUGGUUUCCUCUCAACAAACCGAGUGCUGGAGAUUAUUUCCACAUGGCUUACAACGUUAUCACACCGUUUCUUCUGCUAAAGCUCAUCGAGAGAUCCCCCAAGACCUUACCGAGAUCAAUGGUCUACGUCAGCAUCAUCAUGUUUGUCAUGGGAGCCAGCAUCCACUUGGUCGGAGACUCCGUAAACCACCGCCUGAUUUUCAGUGGCUACCAGCACCAUUUGUCUGUAAGAGAGAAUCCCAUAAUCAAGAACCUGAAGCCAGAGACCCUGAUUGAUUCCUUUGAGCUGCUGUACUACUACGAUGAAUAUUUAGGUCAUUCGAUGUGGUAUAUCCCAUUUUUCUUGAUCCUGUUUAUUUAUUUCACCGGCUGCUUCACCCCUGUUGAAGAGGAGAGCAGGAUGCCAGUUGCUGCUUUGCUUCUGAUGGGGCCCAGCAGCCUUUAUUACUGGUAUCUCGUGACGGAGGGUCAGAUUUUCAUCCUCUACAUUUUCACUUUCUUUGCCAUGAUGGCUUUAGUGAUGCACCAGAAACGCAAAGGACUUGUCCUGGACAGCAAUGGGCUUUUUCUCUUCUACUCCUUCAUCAUCACACUGGUCCUCAUUGCUGUCUGGGUGGUUUGGCUCUGGAAUGACAAAAUUCUCAGGAAGAAGUACCCUGGCGUGAUCUAUAUCCCUGAGCCGUGGGCAUUUUACACCCUGCACAUGAGCAACCUCCAUGCAGCAAAGGAAAGUUUCUAAGUUUUGAUAUUUUAGAGUGAUAUGAAGAAAAAAAAAAAUCUAGUUUUUCUAACGUAGGUGUAUUUGAAAUAAAUUCCUGACCAAGAGUAGCCGCAAGGCCUAUGUGUUACCUGGACCCAGCUUGGGAGAGGGCGUUCUAACAAGAGGGAGAAGCCACUUCCCAGCCUGGGUCGUGGCAGGGAUGUCUCUCCUGGCUUUGCACCACAAUGUAGUUCCACGCUGGAAUUUUUGGGGUGAUUAGGGGCGCACCAGACCACUCCCGUAUCAGAGCAGGGGUGCGGCAGCCCAACCCCACAGUGAUCCACACCACAGUGAACCCCCAUCCCACCACGCUGCCCUGGAGAGUCUACGAGCCUGUAGUUGGGAUGGUUUGCCGGGAAGUCAGAGCGCUCCCGCCUUCUUGGCACAGAGAGAUUUAUCUGCUCCUCCCAUGCUGCUCCCAGCUGAGUAAACAUGCCAGGAAGAGGCUGAGCUGCCCCACCUUGGCCCUGCACGGCAGCUCCGUGUGGCCACACAUCCCCAGGGAGCCCUCCUGGGGUCCUGGCUGCCAGCACUAGGUUAAGCUGUUGGCUGCUGAGUGGAGACAUGGUGCAAGAAGGGCCUGGCUGGACAUGGAAGGGCCAAUUCCCCAUGAAUGCAGCCCAAAAAGAGCGUUGGGCAGAGGGUGAGCUCCAGCGUCAGCCCCGCUCGUGUGGGAUCUAUGCCAGCGGCAGCUUCUGCUCCCACUCACCAAUUCUGCAGCCUCAGGUGAUAGAGCUGAGCUCCUGCAACUCCAGCUGCAUCCCUGCAAUAUUUUGCAUCUAUUGAACUUGUAUUAAAGCCCUGUGUGAUGGAAAUCAAGUGGUAGAAGAAAAAAGCCAUUAGUGAAACGCACUGAUUAAAAGCAUUUGCU